CUAUCGUGUCCGAAGAUCAUUCGCCCGCUUUCAAAAUGAUAAACACCGUCAGACAUAACUUGGAAUCGAGCAGAGAAGGUAUUUUGCGAAGCUUAAGAUUGUUACCAAAACAACUCGUGCAAUCAUUUCACGAGGGACGUGCUUCACCAAGAGACGUCACCAAAAGUGGGAACAGUCUACUCCAUUACCCUCGAUAUGUGCAGAGAGCUCUUCACUACCCUUGUUGCGGCCGGAGUACCCAUAAAUCAAACUGAUCGGUUCGGAAGUACCGCGUUGGACAGCCUCCUUAUGUGGCUACAACUUUCUGGAGAGCCCCAACUGGAUAUAUGGACAAGCCUCAUAUGGAUGCUGAUGGAUUGUGAUUUGGAGAUUACGACCUUUACACUAAAUUCCUUGGCGCCUAAUACUUCGCUGAAGACCUUCUAUUUGGCCCAUCAGCGACUACUCGUCUCGGAGAACGGGAGUCAAGCAUUUGACCUUCCAGAUCUCACUCGAGCCAUAUUGUCACGAUCGGAGACAGAGCUCGACAAAAUACUAGACCAUACGCCGGCUACUACCUUAACAGUUUCUUGGGGUAAGAAUGAAGGUUAUAUACUUGAGACUGCGGCAAACUGGCCUGUCGGAAUCAUGAAACUCCUGAACCAUGGUGUCAGUGUUCAUGAGGACGACGAUGGCACGUUGUGGACACCUUUAGAGUACGCUUGCGCUUGCAAUUUGGAAUCUUGCAAGAUUCUCAUAGCCGCUGGUAGUUGUGUGACUUCUUCUACGCUGCAGGUGUCUCUUAGUCGCGGGGAUUCCGAUAUCCAGUCCGUAAUCAUCUCUGCCUUAGUAGAUCGACGAAGUCAACUCAAGCAUUCUGCGAAGAAAGUUUUGCCAUUGGAGCUCCAAGAAAGAUAUAACUUGGAAGAUGACCGGAUCCUGGAUGCUCACGCAUUCGACGUCUACAAAGCUAUCUGUCGAAUUGACGGAUCAGAACACAGACCUCUGGAUCCUGGAAAUUAUCCCUAUACCGUCUACCACUGUAGAAACUUGACCAGGCCUAUCGCCGAAAAACUGUACCAGGCUGGCUUCCGAGACAUAGAUCACCGACACGACAAUGGUGCGUUACCUGUCAUGGUAGCAAUAGGGUUGUCUGGGUAUUUCACAAGCUUGAGCGAGUCUCUGGAAUAUGUCCAAUGGCUAUGGUCCAAGGGAGUGAACGUACACCAAGUCGAUGAAUUCACAAAGACAACGCCAGCUCUUGCUCUUGGAGACAACCUCGACUUCUUCUCUGAGCCAAGGCGCGUACUCGAACUGAUAAGGGUUGACCAGGCGUUUUUGGCUGAAGCUUUCUUGGCUGAGAUAACUGACGACUGUGCAUGCUACUGUUCUCCUCACGGAUGCUGUACAGUAUCGCGACUUUUCAAACUUCCCAAAUGGUAUAGAACUAUCGAGCGCUCAUAUACUAUGUCCGGCUUAUUGGAACCGAUGCGGAAGCUCGCUCCUUGGCUAGAUCCCGCGAUCAUUCGAGCUCUAACCUUUGACAAACUGGAACUCAGUCACACAUGCCACUUAGAGUAUAAAUAUUAGAAGGCAUGUCAUACCCCAUCAGAAGAUGAGAUCCACGAAAUCCACGACGAGCAGCACGAAACUAUCCAGCAGCUAGAGGAUCUAGCCAUCGAAUUCGAAACCGAACUCAAACACCACAAAGGCACACUCUCUGAGUUCCUGAAAGGCUACUGGGCCG